AUGACGACCUACAUUCCAUCUAUGACUCUUCCCGCCUUCAUCUUCGAGCAACCCGCCGCCUCCAUCUUGCUUCCCGUUGCAGCUGGCACACUUGUCGGCUUCGGCACUCAGCCCAAGAAAACCCAGAAGACGUACAUGGAGAUCCGACAACCACCUCUGCGACCGCCACCUCAGGUUUUUGGGCCAGUAUGGACGGCCCUCUACGGCUUGAUGGGCUAUGCUGCGCAUCGGGCGUGGACAACUGGAAUCACGAGCUUCGACAUCAACAAGACUAAUUUGGCGAAGCAAGGUGCCACUCUCUACACGAUCCAGCUAGGCCUCAACCUCAUCUGGAUGCCGCUGUUCUUCUACUUUGGACGACCCAUCGAGGCAACCAUCGACAUCGUAGCACUGACGGGCAUCACUGGCUACUUGACCUACAUCUGGGGUCAAGUCGAUGAGACCGCCGGCUGGUGCCUUGUGCCUUACCUGGGCUGGCUAGGCUUCGCGACUUAUCUAUGCGCCGGAGCUGGAUACCUUAACAACUGGGACUUCAGCAAGAAGCAGAAAGCGAAGAGCGACAAGCCUGGAGAGACCACGUUUGUGAACGAGAAGCCGUGA